AUGUUUGAAAAAGAUGCUGUAAGGGAUUCAUUUAAUGAACUUAUUCAGUUUCUUCAUGACAAGGAAUUUGACAAAGCUGAACGUUUAUUAGCAGAACAACCCAAUUUGCGCCAAUAUUCUGAUUCAACUGGACGUAAACCAUUUCAUUAUGCAGCAAUUUCUGGUUAUUAUGAAUUUGUUAAAACUGAAAUUGAAAAGAAUCCUUCGAUGGUUUAUGUAGUAGAUGAUGAUAAUUGGACUAUUUUAAUGAUGGCAGCUUCUGCUGGACAAUUAGAAAUUGUUCGUCUUUUAUUGAGUUAUUCAAGGGAGGAUGAUUUUUUGAAGAGUUUCCCAUUGCGGCAUAUUAAUCAAAAAAACAGUUCUGGUCUGUCAGCUUUACAUUAUGCCUGUUCUAAAGAUUAUUUACAAAUUGUGCAAGAAUUGCUUGAAAAAGGUGCUGAUAUAAAUGCUCAAGAUGAUAGAGGAGCAACACCUUUACAUCGUGCUGCAAGUAAAGGAAAUAAAAGAAUUGUCAAUUUUUUGUUAAAUUAUAAAAAUCAAAUCCAAGUUAAUUUGGUUAAUCGAGAAGGAGAUACUCCAUUACAUUUGGCUUGUGAAGAUGGACAAUUUGAAGUUGCUAUUUUACUUGCAAAUUAUGGGGCAAAUAUAAACAAAAUGAAUAGAGAAGAAAAAACUCCUUUGGAUUUGGUUAAAGAUGCUCAAGUAAAACAAAAAUUGAUUGAAGCGGCGAGAUCGAGUGGAUCUUGA